AUGUCCAGUUUUUUACUUAUCAUCCCCGAAGACGUAAUCAAAGAGUACUCCAAAGGAGAUAAGCUGGUCGUUACAGGGGAGUUCGAUAACUGGGGACACUCAGAGUAUGUUUUGCAGUACGACAGCAGCGCACAGAACUACACGGUCCAAAUACCCAGACGUAAGGACCAACGCAGCACGAUGUUCAAAGUGGUGAUAAAUGAUAAGAAGUGGGUCACCCUCAACUACUUCGACACCGUGACGGAUAGGUCAGGGCACACCAACAAUGUGCUGCAUUUCAAAGACAACGAGGCAAGCCAGCUCAUGGACGUGCCUCUGUCACCACAUGCACGGGCCAGCACUGCCAAGGGGAAGCCAGAGGACGACUCGUUGAACGACUACGUCAACUUGUCGUCGCAUAGCGACCUAAGCAGCACGGAGGAGAUCGUGUACUGGAACUCUGAUAUGGAGGACGAGAACCUGGACGCCACCAUCCAGUGUGACUUCCACGAAGCGUUCAACAGCAGGAAGGAGUCUCUGAACGGGCUAAUGUGUAUUGCCAAGAAGGUCAAGACCUACUGGAACAAAUAG